UCGGAAUGACAUUUGGAACGCAUGCGUUCCAGCAGCGGGAGAGAAAAUUUGUUUGCAUCACUACUGUCAAUUUUUGUGUGUGACCGAAAGAUUCUGAAAGGUUCAGUUUUUCUGUUGGCAGGUAGAGUAUCGUGUGCUGUGACUAUUAAAUAUUUACAAUUAAAUGAGUUUCGUCUUAAUGUGCUGGUGAAAAUUUCGAUUCGAUGAACAGUUUUGGAAUUGAAACAACUGAGUGAUCAGCAUAUGUCAUUGAAGCAUCCUCCUCACCACUACUGACUGCGUGCAUCAUUGCAACAAUCGUCCACGAAUGGAGUCCCAAAUUGCCAAUCGGUUAGCAGCUUUCCUUGUUUUCUGGUGCAUCAUCACCCCACCCACAUCGCGGGUCCUCGGUGAGCUACAGCAGCAAGCAUUUCGCAUCACCCCCAACGACGUGGAAGCCCGCCAAGGGGAGGAAGUGGUGCUACGUUGCGAAAUCGAACACCUUGCCGGGCGGGUGCAGUGGACCAAGGAUGGGUUCGCUCUCGGAUUCAGCAACGAAAUUAUCGGUUAUCCGCGGUUUUCGCUGAAUCAGAACCACAGCACCGGAGUGUUUAACCUGAGGAUCACCAACGCUUCGAUGGAGGACGCGGCCAGCUACCAGUGUCAGGCGGGACCGGCCAAACACAAUCGACCGAUUCGGGCCGGGGCCAAGCUGACCGUCCUGGGUUCACUCAAAGCCCACCGCAGUAUGCUCCAUUGGAAUUGAGUAAUUAAAUUUUCCGGCUCCCGUUGAUGGGCGCAUACUGGGAAUGGGAUUUUCUUUGGGGAAUUGUUAAACAAUUUCCAUUAUUUGUAACUGCCACCGGAAUAAAGUCCUGCAAAUGAAUCUCCAACAAUGGCGGCACCGAUGACGGCUUUAUCUGCUUAACCUGCAAUUUAUCGACGGUACACAGCAAAAACAUCACGCACCUAAAUACGAAUGUAAUACCGUAGCCAACGGAAAUCAGGAAAAUAUGAAAAGCAAAUAGACAUUGAUGUGUUCAAUCCCAUCUCGCUGCCGGAAUGCUCAUUUUUCCUUUCAUGACAUUAUAUUUUCUACGGGGUUGACGUGCAUCCUCUUUGAUGUGAUGGUAAUUUUUAUUUUUUUGCUGUGUAGGUUGAAAUGAAAGCAAAGACAAACAUAUCAUUAAAUCACUGCAAAUGCUCAUAACAAAAUGAAUUAAAUAUGCUUUUCCGAGUAGCUGUAGGUAAAAAUGCGGUAAUUAAAAACUGAUAGGACAUUGUAGAGUUCAGUUGGUAUGUGCUUCCGAGGGGACGACGGAAAGAAGCUGCGUAAUUAUUUCCCGAAAUAUAAUUGGUUAAAUUUUGUG